AUGGCGAGCCCGGUGGGGGAGGACAAUUGGGUCGACUAUGUCGACCACCAGCUGCGCGAAGCCACCGACCUCGAGGCACGCGUGCGCGUGAUUGAGAGCUUCAACGACGCCGUGUCGGCCGAGCCCGGGAGCAUCAAGGUCUGGAUGGCCUACUGCGAGUACUUUUGGUCGCUCUACAACGACUGUCAACCUGUUAGCGACGCCGGCUGGUCCCCAGAAGAGCAGGAGGUCGGACGUUCCAUAUUCACCAUCGAUGCCGCCCUCAACCUCUGGCAGCGGGGCUACGAGGCUGUCCAGUACCGCCUGUCCGACAGCAACGAACUCUGGGACCGCUGGAUCUCGCUCGAAAUGGAGCUGCUGAGGCGGACCGUGACCGAGGCCGGUGUUCGCAGAAUCACCCAGCUGUUCCGCAAUCGGCUGACGGUCCCGCACGCCACCUGGGACAGGACAUCCCAGAUGUUUUCCACUUUCCUAUCCGAGUACAACCGCCAGGCCUACGAGAGCGAGAUGGAGCAGAUCACGAGGAGCGCCAAGAAUGCGAAGCGCCUGUAUGCGCUGCGCGACCCCUUCGAGACCAAGCUGUCGCUGGCCGUCAAGUCUGGAGACACGGCAGCGGUACGUGCGGAGAUGCUAGAGUACAUUGACUGGGAGAUCAAGCAGCACAAGGGCAAGCGGGACGCGCUGGACAACUUCAAGAUUUGUCUCGGCCUCUUUUCGAGGGCGCUGACAGGCGUGCUGGCGUCGGACGACACUACAUGGCUCAACUUUAUCACGCUGGUGUCGACCUCCCAGUCGGACCUCAAGGCAGGCCGUGCCCGCGUCUCGGCCAAUCUGGUCCCAAACAUGCUCGACGUUCUCCGUCGCGCCGUGCAUCACAUUCCCUGGGCGGGUCCUGUGUGGGCUCGGUACAUCUUGGCUGCCGAGGAGGCUGCGCUAACCUUUGCCGAUGUCGAACGCAUCAAGCACGCCGCCACCAACAGUCCCCAGCUUGACAGAGACGGAAUGACGGGUGUUUUGGACAUGUAUUCUGCAUGGUGCGGCUAUCUCAAGCGAACAGCCAUGAACCCCAAGGCCAGCGAAGAGGCUGUUGAUGUUGCCGAAGUGGGUCUCUCCUCUGCCCUCGAGGAUGUCAAGCACUGGGGUCAGCGAAAAUACGGCGAAAACUACCAGGGCGAUCCGGACUACCGCCUCGAGAAGAUUCUGAUCCAGUUUCUCACCGAAAAGAAGGAAGACAUCGAGGGUGCUCGUGCUAUCUGGGAUGAGCUGUCGCAAAUCCCGCUGCACGCCAACAGCUACGACUUUUGGCUCAACUGGUACCUCUGGGAGAUGGUAGUCUUUACCGCACACAGAGCCAAACUCCGCAGCCCUACCCCCAACACACAGGCUCAAGGUCUGCUGGUCCCCAGCUUGGCCACCCGCGUUUUCACCAGGGCGCUCAAGGUUAGGACUCUUGACUGGCCCGAACGGAUUCUCCAGGUGUACCUCAAGCACUGCAAUGACUACGAGCUGGCCGAGACACUGCGCGAGGCCCACGACACCAUCUACAAGACGCGCAAGGGGGUCGAGAAGCGCCGAGAACGGGAAGCACGGCAGGCCGCCGAGGCAGCCCUGGAGCAAGCAGCGCCAGCGGACAGGAGCGAAGACGUUCCCAUGACAGAUGCUUCCGGUUCCGCGUCACCCGGAUCCAAGCGCAAGCGAGAGCCGACCCCGGCCGAAGACGAUGCUGCUAACAAGCGGCCCAGGAGCGAGACGAACGGGGACGACGUGAAACGGGAUCGAGAGCACAACACGGUUUUCUUGUGGAACUUGCCUGCUGACGCCACCCAAACCAAGAUCAAGCAGUUCUUUCGGGAUUACGGCCACGUCAACAACAUCGACCUCAAAAAGGGGGACGACGACGCGGUUGCCCUGGUCGAGUUUCGACACUCGGACGAUGCGCGAGCAGCGCUGAUCCGCGAUGGCAAACCCUUUGGCGACCGGAUCAUCCAAGUCACCCCGGCCAUUGACUGCACGCUGUUUGUCACCAACUACCCUCCAGACGCCGACGAGGAGUACCUCCGCAACCUCUUCAAGGCCCACGGCGAGAUCCACAGCAUCCGGUUCCCCAGCCUCAAGGAAAACGCGAAGCGGCGGUUUUGCUACCUCACCUUUCGGGAGCGGGCCUCGGCCGAGGCAGCGCUCAAGUUGGACGGGAAGGCGUUGGGUGGGAGGUGCAGGCUCGUGGUCAAGAUAUCCGACCCAGCACACAAGCAGCACCGGCAAGGGGCGCAGGAAGAGGAGAGAGAGCUGCACGUGAUCAACAUCCCCCGCACCAUGAAGGAGGACGAGGUCCAGGGCCACUUUUCCAAGGCUGGCAAGGUGGUCAGCGUGCGGAUCCCGCAUCUGGGGACGGCGUUUGUGGUGAUGCAGACUAAGGAGGAGGCGCAGGAGGCCAUCAAGCUGCUGGAUAAGGCCAUGUUUGGACAGCAUCCAAUCAAGGUCGAGCUCUCGAUGCCAAAGGGAACGAAGAAGACGGCGACAGCCUGGGGGGGCGCCGAGGAUGCCGGAUCCCCUGCGUCCACAGCUGCCGAAUCAACAGUAUCUUCUGGCGGCGGCGGCGGUGCGGCGAGAGAUCGAAAGGUUGUCAUUCUGGGCGUUCCUGACACGAUGAACGAAGCCCGCGUGGGGAAUUUGCUCAAGCCGGCGGGGGAGUUUGUCAAGCUGACGUUGCAUGCCCGGCAUGGGGGCGCGAUUGUUGAGUACAAGGAUGCCGCGUCGGCGGGGAAGGCUCAGCUGGUGAUCGACGGGCUAGAGGUGGAAGCGGGUCAGAAGCUGCGUGUUGGCACGACGGAGGAGCUGUUUCAGAGCAAAGGGGAGAAGAAGGUGGCGGGGAGUGACCCGUGUGCGCGCCCGGAGCCGGAGAAGCAGGGGAAGAAGCCGCCGACGGCUGCGCAGUUGAUGCCGCCGCCGCCGAGUAUCAACCGGCCGCAGGUGCUGGGGAGGUCAAAGCCAAAGACGGGCAUGGGAACGGGGGCGCCGGGGUUGGGGUUGAGGACGAAUGGGGUUGCUCUUGGUGGGCCGAAGAGGAGUAAUGCUGAUUUUAGGAGUUUGUUUCUUGGGGGUGAUAAUAAUGGCGGUGGAGGUGAGGGUGGGGGGAAGGUGGAAGAGGAGAAGACGAAGGAAAAUGGGAGUAAGGAAUGA